ACUCAAGAACAUACGCGUUCCUAUCAGAUAAACUGCUUUCACAAUAACCUAAAAAAUACACCCAAAAAUAAUCGAGGUGAUACCCAAACAGUUUAUUUCCUAAUGGUUCAUUGGUCAUCGUUAUCGACAUCAACCUUUUAUCAGAUAACUGAUAAUGCUGGUUAAACUUAUUAUCAGAAACAAACCCGACGCACGCGAUACUCUUCGAGUCUUCUAAACAAUUUUUUGUGAAACUGUAAAUGUUAUAAUUUGAAAACAAAGUGUAAGUGGCUGAAGUGACAAUGGGUUUCGAAUUGCCGAGGUACAAUAAGUGCUGUUACUGUAUUCCUCUGAAGAUUGGCGUGUUACUCAUUGGAUAUGUGUCUAUUAUAGCCUCCUGCCUAACGCUGGCCACAGUCUCGUGGUCAAUCUUCAAAGUGUCGGAGUUUGUCCAGGACAGCAAAGACAGGCCGAACCCGCAGCAUCCUCCCAACGAGGUGGCGAGGGCGGCACUGGGCCUGUACCUGUCCUUCGCCUACUAUCUACUAGUGUUCCUGUUUAAUGUCACUAUUAGUAUUAUUUUGGUGAUUGGGACUCAUACUGACAAGCCGCAUUACUUGCGGUUCUACUUCAAGGCGGUGAUGUUUCUGUUCGCUCUGAGCGUGGUGCUGGUGGUGGUCACCUUCGUAUUCAUGGGCUUCUUCGCUACGCUGCCCGUGCUUAAGUGGUCUUUUACGCUGCUGAUUUGUAUGAUCAUCGUAAGAAGUUAUUACCUGGUGCUAGAAGAGAGGGAGAAACAGCCAGCGCCUUUUGAGUUGCAGCCUUACAUCCCUGUACGCCAGGUGCCGCCACAAGGCAUGGCGUGACCAUAAACUAUUGUUUUAUUUAUUUAUUGUAAGCAUACGAAGUAGUUAUUUUUAAAUAAAACCCAUUUUUACUA